UACAUCAGUUAACUUACCGAUGUAGAACCCAAUAGCUUUCCCUCAAUUGCGUGUGCCACCACCAAAGAAAGCCUCGCGCGCGGCAUUGCUAAAGAACGCCUUCAUCGUCUCUGAAGAAAGCCCUUUGCUUCCCAUCGUUCUCCAAAGCCCUUUUGUUUUUCUGAUUCUGAUUCUGCAAGAACGUUAAUCGUAAGCACCCCGAAUCUUCUCAGUUCGUGAAAAGCAUCAUCAUCGAAAACCCUAACUCCGGCGGGGUUUCAUAGUGAUAAUUUAAUAAAGGUUGCAGUUUUGCAACUUCUCACGAUGGCAAAGAGAUCCCAAUCCUCAUGAUUUGAUAACAUUACUGAGAUCAAACAUUUUGGGCAGGCCACCCCUUUGCUUCUUACUGUAGCUGUUAUCGAGCUUAGUGACAUUGCCUUUGCAUUUUUGGCGUAACACGGGAUCCAUUCGUUGUCUUUAUGUCUAAUCUUUUUGCCUACAAUAUUGGGAGGAAAUGAGGGAAGCAUUUUCACACUUACUUGUGGGUGAAGUUCUUGCAAAUCAUUUUUCUCCCAGCAACUGGCCAUUUUUAAGGAAGCAAAACUUGCUAGGUCCACUCGGUCAAUCGUCAUUCACGUAGGAUUGUAUUUUCGAUCCAUCGCGGAGAAGAAGAGAGUUAAGCGGAAAAGGAAUGAAAAAGCCUCGACGCGUGAGCUUCACCGUCCUUAUUCCUCAGAUACCAAUGCCAUCUUCGCUUUGUUACUCGCAUCACUCUCCAACAGAACCCACUUUGUUAUGUACGUCAACAAAUGCGUAUUCAAACUUCGCCAACGAGGAAAUCGCUUCCGAGUUCCGAUUUUGAAACCGUCGAGGUUUGUCUCGCUGUUAGAGUCGCAAGACAAAGUUUCUGUUCUGGGCCUUAACCUAUUUCAGAAGAGUCCAGACCCAAGUGAAUAUUGGGCCGGGCCAAAAUUCCCGACAAAAGCCCUAACAAGUGAACGAGAAACCCUAAUUUUUUGGCCACAGGAAGAACUGUGACUGACGUGUUCUCCCCACGAGUUCGUCAAGGCUUACUCUGCUCACCUCAGAACAUUGAAAAGAGAUGGGAGUACGAAAUGCUUCUGAGGACUUGUCAUCAGAAAUGGAGGUAGAUGCCUUUAGACGGCUCUUUCCACUUCGUUUUUUUGAGCGUCAUCUUGCUGAAUCUAUACGCCCUGAUGGUAGACCACUUGGAAAAGCUAGAGAAACAAGCAUUUUUCUUGGUGCUGUUGCCUCUGCUAACGGGUCGGCUCUUGUGAAGAUUGGAUCAACUACUAUGUUGACUGCUAUUAAAAUGGAAGUUAUGACUCCCUCCUUGGAGUCACCAGAUGAGGGCUGUCUAGCUAUUGAUUUCCACAUGCCUCCAAUUUGUUCUCCAAUUGUUAGGCCCGGCAGGCCUGCUGAAGCAUCACCAGUGGUGUCAAAACAGUUGUCUGACACCAUUUUAAGUUCUAGAAUGAUUGAUUUGAAAGAAUUGUCCUUGGUCAGUGGAAAAGCAGCUUGGAUGGCUUACCUGGAUGUCUAUUGUUUGGAUGCUGAUGGUGCUCUUUUUGAUGCUGCUUUACUUUCUGCAGUUGCUGCCUUAUCUCAUCUGCAAAUUCCUGCUGUUGCCAUGAAUGAUGAUGGCAAAAUAGUACUUGUGUCUGAUGAGGAUGGACAAAAGCGGGCACAGGAGCCCGUCAAUAAGGAGAAGAGGAAGCUUACAUUGAAAAGCAUUCCAUUCUCUUUAACAUGCAUUCUUUACAAGAAUUACAUCUUGGCAGAUCCUACUGCAGAAGAAGAAUCCAUCAUGGAAACCCAUGUAACAAUAGUUUUGGAUACAUCCGGUCAACUAAUAUCUCUGUACAAGCCUGGUGGUCCAGUUCUUGCCUAUACUUCUGCUAUCCAGGAUUGUGUUGCGAUAACCCGACAAAGAGUGAAGGAACUGAAGAGCUUCUUGGACAAUGAAAAUUCUGCUAUGGAGGUUUGAGUAGAAUUAUGGUGUCAUCUUUUUGUUCUGAAUGGUUAUUAAAAUUAUAUUUGUACAUCCUGGAUCACAGGUAUUGGGUCAUUUCAUUAUAAAAAAGAAAUGUUUUCACGAAUUUUAUAUCAUCUAUUGGACAUUAUGUUAUUCCGGCAUGCGA